GCGUUGACGCUAGAGCGUGCACGCUUGCCACAGCGGAAACGUCGCGUGUGUUCGAAAUUCGUAAUUUCCAGUCUGUUCGUGUUUUAUUUUUUAUUUUAUCUGUGUACAGUGCAAGGAUUUAAUUGCAGCGACUAAAGAGAAACUCACCAAAGUUCACCAAAAUAUUAUUCGCAUGCACCCAGCAAGCUAACGAGCCCUUCAAUUAAGAUGAAGGCGUUGUCACUGGGCGUUACUUUGUUGGCGCUGUCGUCAGCAUUAGCCCAAUCAGAAGAUACCAAAGAAUCAGCCAGUUCAAGUCCUGAUGGGGCACCCAAAGAGACGUGGAUGCGCGCACCUGCAGGAACCGUGGCUGUUAGGAGUGGCGAGGAUGCUCUUCUAACCUGCGUAGUACUGGGAGCCAGAGGCAAACCAGUGCUCUGGAGGCGAGCCAGAGACUCACAGCUGCUCACAGCUGGUGCCGUCAGGGUUACACGAGAUGAGAGAGUAAAAAUUCUACAUGAUGAUUCGGAUGAACCUCUACAAGGUCCGGGUAUAACCAAGGGUGGAGAUGUCUGGGCUCUAGUUAUUAAGUCAGCAAAACCUACGGACUCUGGCCUAUACGUUUGUGAGCUAAACACUGAACCACCAGUAAGGAGCUUCCAUAGAUUAGCUGUGAUAUCUCGAGGGUUAACACCUCCAGAAUCUCAAAACACAACGGACUCGUAUUCAGCAAAUAACCCAACCCUGUCAACCCUAGCUUUGUCUCAUAACUAUACCGACUGCUGUAUAAGUGCUAACGUCACCAAGGGAUGUCUUGGCUUCUGCAGCAUCCAGACAAUUCUGGAAGGAACUGGCCAGGAACCAGAAUCAUGUCAGCCUGACUUCCCAGCAAUUGUCAAAUGUAUGGCAGAUGGCAGAAACCACGUGCCAUGUUGUGUACAAGAACAUGUGCCAGAUAUUUGCCAGGAUGUGUGUCGGGGAGAGUUCACUCCAGUUACAGAUAACAUCAAAACCCAUUACUCCUGCUCAGCGUACAUGGAGAAGACUUUAGCUUGCAUUGUCGAAGGAAUUGAACUACUACCAAGUCCACCAGAAGAUGUUGAAGUAGAACCUCUUAGCGAGAAACAGCUCAACAUAACAUGGAGUCCACCUGUAGAGAACUCGGACACAGUCACAGAGUAUAUCGUCAACGUAACUACGCUUCGCUCCUUCGACGCACACCUGAUAGAACCCGCCGAAAGUUCCAUGAAAAACUCAUCGGGCGCAAAGAUGGCGCCUGUCACGUACAGAGUUCCAGUGAAUAAAACCUUCUUGGUGUUAAAUGAUCUGCUUCCGUUUACAAUGUAUGAGAUUACUGUCACGUCGUUCAAUAUUCACGGAUCUAGUCUGCCUAGUUAUAGUUUAAGGUCAUUAACACUAACUCCUGGAAAGAUGAAGUCGACGGCUGUAGCGAAGGCCCCGAAGCUUCCUGAUGUAAGAGGAUGCUGUAUAUCAUCAGGGAUUGAUCACUACGGAUGCAUAGACAAGCUCUGCGAUCCAACUAAGACCUAUGAAAUUGGGUUGCAGGUGACAGAUCUGAUGAUUUGCGCGCCCUGGGCUGGCGUCACUUUCGGUUGUCUAGCUAACGGUAUGGACCACACCCCUUGCUGUCGCUCCAGAGGAUUACCGGAGUCGUGCCUUCCACUUUGCAGUGGAAACAUUACUUCGCUGGACUUCAAUCAUUUUAAAUGUCUACGCUUUAUGUCUGGUUAUACCAACUGUCUGCUGCAAGGCUAUGGUGUUCUCCCUGGCCCUCCGACUCGACUUCACCUCACCAAUAUCGAUACGGACUAUACAGUGGUCCACUGGGCAGCACCAGUCACUCUGCCAGAUACGGUCCAGUAUUAUAAUCUGCAUUACAAGCCUCUUGCUAAUGAAGAUGACUAUAGGGCUAUAGAUAAGGUCCAAUCUCCUUACAUCUUAGAAGAUUUAGAAUCGAACACUGAUUAUGAGAUUUACGUGGAAGCCGUUAACGAACAUGGUGUUGGAAACCCUUCACCAAGACUGAUCUUCAGAACUCAGAGCCAGGCAAUUGAGGAGGAAGUGGAAGUAUCAAAUGCGUACAACGUGACGUCAUGCUGUGAACGUGUGCAAGUUGCCAGUGUUUGCAUGCCGCUCUGUUCCUACGAUGCCAAGAUGUCCGACUUGAGGACGCUCGCCCCGCUUUGUGCACAGGAGUUUCACAAGCUACUGCGAUGUGGUGCUGGAGGUCGUAACCACGAGUCAUGCUGCACACGUCGCGGAGUCCCAGCGUCCUGUAGUGGAGUCUGCGCCGGCGCAUACCGCGGUAGUAUCAGCUCUUGUGUCUCCUACAUCGGUAACAUUGUACAGUGCUUUGAAGAAGGGACAGAUCUUCUUCCGGGGCCUCCCCGUGAGCUUCACGCCGUCGUAAACCACGACAAGCUGUUCCUUGAUUGGUCGGCGCCGCAAGAUGGCGCCAACGCUACGUCAUACAUCGUGCAUUGGCAGAGAGUGGACAACAAUUCUCAACCGUUCUACUACAACACUCUGCUGUUGGAUAACAAAAUGAACGUGACCCAGACUAUGGCCCGCAUCGAAGAUCUAGAAGUGAACAGCACAUACCACGUGUUCGUACUCGCAGCUAACGACCACGGCACGUCACUUCCGUCCAGCAUGCUACUUCUCAAUAUUACUGAAGAUAUAGAGAACAAAGAGGUAUCUGGUAUUCCGUCACCGCCGCACUCUCUUUCAGUCGCGUCUCAUUCGGCGACCUGGUUGUCACUCAGCUGGCAACCACCGCUGUUCUCACAGCCAGACGAAAAGAUAACUUAUACAUUAUUCUACAAAUCGCCAAUCCAAGGACAAGGCAACCUGACGAAGAUAACGACAUCAGUACCUGGUCAUACUCUGGAGAAGUUGACUCCUAACACCCAAUACGUUGUUUGGGUGAUAGCGCAUGCCGCCGCAGGGGACUCCCUACCAUCAGAAACCCUGCUAGCGUGGACCGACCCAGCUUACCCAGCAUUUGUUGAACCGCCGACAAUCAACCCUGUGAACCUGGUAGUGGAAGGCUCCAGCAUGACUAUCCUUUGCAUCGCGAUGGGGACCCCAACACCAACCAUAUCGUUGUAUAUUUCGGGUCGUUUAGUGCGACAGGACGUGACCCGGCAUAUGGUUACGGUGAUACACAACGUGACGCGGGACAUGGACCAAAUAUCAUGCUACGGUGACAACGGCUACGGGACGCCCAUGCAGGCGUCACGCAAGAUCAACAUAUCACAUGUCCCAUCAAUCCAAGCAUCAGGAAUCACCAUGGCAGCUGCUGGCGACUCUGUUAUCCUGGAAUGCCGAGUGGAAGCGCUUCCAAAACCCACCAUAGCGUUCUGGAGAGACCCUAACGGCAGGACACCUGUCAUUGAUGGACCCAACUACAGCAUACAGCUAGUACCAGACACAGAGGAUCAAACGAAAUACACAAUGCGUCUAACAAUAAAGAAGAUAUCUGAGGCCGAUGAGGGAGACUAUUUCUGCCACGCCGAAAACGCAUUUGGCAAGACUCUACGACCCGUGAGUGUGAGACUACGGUCCAGCACUCCUCACCACAACGUCACCGAGUGCUGUGCGCAGAUGAACGUAUCAUCAUCGUGUAUUGACGCGUGCAGCUUCCACCUUGAUAUGGACAACAUAAUGGAUCGCCCCGAGUGUAUGGACGACUUCGAGAAACUCAUGAAAUGCGCUGCUGAUGGAUCAGAUCACCGUGGCUGUUGUGCUUCAUGGGGGGUUCCCCGAAAUUGUUUGGAGCUGUGUCGUGGUGGACCCGUCUCCAAGACAUGCGCGCUCCAACACGCCAGACGUGCGCUCGCCUGCUUCCGGGACUCGGGGGCGAAGCUCCCCGGACCACCUCGUAACUUGAAAGCUCAUGUAGCACCAACACCGCAUGCUGUUUUACUCAGUUGGGAUGCUCCGAUGAAGAACCCUCAAACAGUAUACCUUUACCGCGUAUUUUGGCGGGCGUAUGGCGCGAAGGUUCCAGAGAAGCUAGACACCAGUGAGACGAGCGUGGUGCUCACCGGGCUUCAAGAUGACGUCAGAUACGAAUGUGUUGUCAAGGCUGCUAAUGACGUCGGAACUUCAUCACUUAGUCAGCCAAUAUUGUUUACAACGGCGGGACAAGAGACGGGAGCUGCGGCGGCUCCAGUCAGCGGAUCUGGUUCAGCAUCAGCCGUCGGCGUCGCUGUCGCCUGCAUCCUGGUCGCUGCAAUCUUAUUGGCUGCUGGACUAUAUUAUAGACAUCGCAAGAAUCUUCGACUGAAGGCUCAAGGUGGAGUCGCGUUUGAAAACCCCAGUUAUCUGAGAGAGCAGACCACUGACACUAUCGUGAACGGCAACAUUCCAAAUGGAUCAGCUAAUAAUAGCAAUGGCAACGGCAGCGUGUCAAACAGCCAAGCGUGGAGGAUGGAGACACAGAACAGCACAGCAGUUCCAGCCAGGGAAGUGGAGCCCACGUUGUACGAGGAGUUGAAGCUGGGUCAUGACGGAGCGGGCUUCAAGAGGCUCAAGUAGCAGGACGCCCACCGCUCUCCAUUCCGCAGUCCGCUCCGCAUGGCGCGGGUGGCGCCGGAGUACUGAGCGGUGUACGGUGAUGGUGAUGAUGUUAACAAUGUGAUGUGUGGUGAUUACAUACCAAAUGUCGAUAUAACUCUUAAAACUAUCAAGCUUUGGAACAUUAAAAUCACAUAUUUUUUACUUUUACCGUUCUUACGACUUUUUAAAGUUAAAUCUAUGAAUUGUGACAUAUAUAACGACGCAAAACAUGUCAAUAGUUACGGCAAUGUGUGAUGAAAACCUGAAAUAACUUUUAAAUAAUUAUUGUUGAUGUGCUUGUCAAAUUAUUCCUAUAUGUGAGCGUUAAAACUGUUACUUUUUUAAAUGUUACAUUUUAUAAUUCAACAAUAUUUACGAAUGCUAAAAUGUUGCUAAAAUACCUAUAUUAGCAUGGAGGAAAAAAAGCAUUCGCGCAUUCCAAGGAAAAAUCAAAGGAUAUACCUACCUACAUGCAAGCAGGGGCUUUUAUACCUUAUAGGCUAUAAGGCAGUGCCUACCUCGUUAGAACCUAAAUUAAUAUAGGACUAGUGUUAAAGUUGUUUAGUUCAAUUUGGUUCCGAUAUUCUUUUAAUGGUUUUGAUAAUUUUGGUUCGAUUUCUUCAAUUAAUAACAACAGUAUUGUAUUCAAUAGUAACUCAUUAAACUCAACAGUGGGAGGCUCCUUUGCACAGGAUGCCGGCUAGAUUAUGGAUACCACAACGGCGCCUUUUUCUGCUGUGAAGCAGUAAUGUGUAAACAUUACUGUGAUUUGGUCUGAAGGGCGCCGUAGCUAGUGAAAUUACUGGGCAAAUGAGACUAAACAUCUUAUGUCUCCAGGUGACGAGCGCAAUUGUAGUGCCGUUCAGAAUUUUUGGGUUUUUCACGAAUCCUGAGCGGCACUGCAUUGUAGUGGACACCGCGUAUCAAUCAGCUGAACGUCCUGCUCGUGUAGUCCAUUUUUUUUAUUAAAAAAAAAAACUAAAGUACAAGAUUCACCAAAUGGUCUGGAAACUAUAUGCGAAACACAAACAACUUCAAUAUUUGACCUCAAAACCCAAUACUGUCUGUACAGUUAUAUCUACAGUGCCUUCCUUCUAGAAAACCAAUGCAUGCCCCUGCAUGUAAGCCGGGACACCAUACCGAUUGCAGAGUCAUGACGCGUCCGAGCUGGUGGCGCCACCAAAUUGGUUGCGUAACCAAACGGACACCAGGUGUGUAAAUCUAUAGAGCUGUAUUCAUUUUGUUGGUAGCGUCAACUGGUUACGCCACCAUGGUGUCCCGGUGAAAACGCCCGUAAGGUUUGGCAAGCACACCAAUCGGCUUAAACAUCACAAGAUAUAGUUUAUAUAUGAAAUACUACUGAAACAGGUAAAUGUUACUGACACUAUUGAUAUUGUAAUAAAUGUAAACUUUCCAUAUUUCCACUUUUAUUGCCAGAUGUUUUAUAAUUAAUAUUACUAGAAAAUCCAAUUUACCAUAAAGCAACGUAUUAUUUACAUUAUUAUUGCAAUGUUAUAUUUUUUAUUCAGGGUAAAUUCUGACUAUAUAGUUAUAUUAUAAUUAUAGUGCGUAAAAUUUGAUUAUUAGUUGAAAUAAAUAAAAUUUCAUAAAAUUCAGCUUAAAGUACCAAUGUCAUCGAUAAUAGAGAAGAUUACGGAUUGGUCUCUGCUGCGCUCCAACUAGAUACCGCAGGCGUACUCGAGCCAGUCUCGAAAAAUGUGUGACGUAGAUGUGCCACAUGUUCUGAUAAACUUUGCUAAUAAUUGAAAGUAAAAUACCGGGUUGUGUAGUUAAAAUUUGUAAAAAUAAUGCUACAAGAAAUAAGAAAGACACUGCGAUCACAUAUCAUCAGUAAGUAUUUUGUAUUUUAUUAAUUUCAGCGUAAAAUAACACGAAGCGUAUGUUACUAAAUUUGAAAGAUGCCACGCACACAAGCAUCUAAUAGUUGCCGUAAUAAAAAAACUAAAGUUCUUAGGUAGUGCGGUAUCCAGCUGGAGCGCAGUGGAGACCAAUCCUUAAUCUAAAACAGAAGAUAAAUAAAAUAUUUGAUGAACGAUGUAUAAGCUGUGAUUGAAUCCGUUAAAAUAUUAUUUUAAAAGCGCAACUUAAUAGAAGUUUUCAAAGUAUAGUUAUUUUAAUAAUAUUGCCCGGUAAUUUUCACUGUGCUCCGUGGCCCACAUAAUACUUUUAAACCCAAGCUGGUUCCAUUAGGUAAAAUAAUACACAAUUAUUAAUUGCAAAAAGGUUAUAAAUAGUAAAAAGCGGUGAGCUCACUGCUUUUUAUUUCGUUAUUUAUAUACCAUACGAAUACUUACUAUGCGUCGAUCAUAGUAGAUAAUAUUAUAAAACGCGUUCCGACUCGAUAUUUUUUUUUUAUGGUAUCGGGUCGCAACUAGGCAAAUGGGAAUCGCUGAUGUAGUAGAUAUUGGUCGAAAAAACCUUGGGUAUUAUAUACAUAAAUAUAUCUCAUUAUUUAAGCUCAAUUCCAGGUUCAGUGUUCAGGUUAUUAUGCGAUUGUCAAUGCUAAUUUUCUUUUUGGGUGCAAUCAUGUACAUACAGCAUAAAACAAUUUUUGAUAAUAUUACCUUAGUAACUUUGACACUAUUUUUUCUAAAUAAACUUUUAUUAGCAUUUCAAAGAACCUAUUAUAUUUGCGUUUAUUUGACAAUUUUUUUAAAUGAAUUUCUUCGCAUACAAACCAUGAAAUAAUCUCGGACUAGUAAAAACUCCGCGCCGUGAUAUUAGCAAGUGAAGCACCUUUAUGCUAGUGUGUGUAUACCAGUUACACAAUUUUUUCUCCCUUAAAUAAUCAUAUAUCCACAAAUACUUCUAUGUUAUUGUUUUUACACUUUUUCAAGACGCACGACGGCAUUUUAAAAAAAAAAAAUAUUGUGACGCAAACUGAUCUGUCACAGACGAUGACAAUUCUCAUACUGGUCGCCUAUCGGCCUGUAGAAGUGUAAGUGUGUGUGUGGGGCUAUGUAUUGACACGUUAAUCGGCUUAUUUUGGUGCUACACUGUUAUGUAAGGUGACACGGAGUCCUUAUGUUUUUACUAGUCCGUGGAAAUAAUAAAGGAGAACGUGUUUUAGUAUUUAAUGUAAAGAAAGUCUAAUAUUAGGUGAUGUAAUUUUUAAAAAUGGAUUUUUAAAAUAUAAUAAAACGUGCCUUCGAUCAGUUUAAGUAGUUUUAGAGUAGUGCCUAUAGGGCCUGUAAAUGUUAUAAUGUAAAUAUAUAUCACAUUCCAUAGGGCCUCGGUACAAUGAGUAAGAAACCCUCAAUAGUAGCAUAAGAGCUAUCAUCAUAUUACAUCUUAAUAAAUCCAGUGUCCUGAUGUUUUUUCCAGUGAACUCCUAAACUAAUGAACGGAUUUUAAUGGGGUUUACUUCAUGGAGUGCAGUUUAGUACAUCUUGAGAAAUGGGAUAAAUUUUAUUACUAUUAUUUGUUUUGUAUGGGCAUAUUUUCUAUGAGAGAAUUUAUUGACGCACGGUUUGACAGUGCCGCUGUGAAACGAUUUAAUUAUAACAACAGGGAGCAUAUUUUACGAAAUAAUUUUUGAUGUCAUGAAAUAUUAUUGACAAAUUCAUGAAGAACAGUAUUUUAUUUAUUAUGUACAGAACAACGUCUGUCGGGUCAGCUAGUGUACAAUAUUUCUUUAGUGAAUAAAUCUACAUUAGUUGUAGUCGACUGAAAAUAAUCCAUCAUUCUUAAUUUUUUUUAAUCACGUACUUGUCACUUAUGGUUGUGUAAGGACCCGGAACUAUUAUACAUUUUAAACUUUAUAUAAAAAAGUCUCCCUUUAUCGUUUUUAGAUUCGAGAUCACUCUUCUAAUUGCCACAUCUACUCAGUGUGGCAUACUCAACUUUUUAACUAAAAAAUGACGUAUGAAUAUAGUUAGAUUAUGAAAUUAGAUAGCUUAGUAUCUCACUAAGCAGAUGGGAAAUAAAAGUAUCGUGAUUAAAAGUUGACCCUGUGAACGCUUCCAAUAUAAUUGGUUUGCUGAAUUGUCUUUACACAUUACUUACCUAAUGUUCAGUACUUGAACAUAAAUAAAAGAUUUGAACUUUAAAUAUGUAUAUAUUAUAACUAUGACAAAAUUACUGAAUACAAUAUGUACCUACAAUAAAUAGUAAACCGUGCGUGGAGGUUUGAUACGGAAUGAAUUGUGCUUGCGUCUUCAAGAGCCGAAGAACUGGUUCCGCGACUUGUGGAUCGAAUCAGUUCACUCUGAACUAUAAAAUAUGAAUCACGCGCGGUAACACCUAAUACAAUUUCAAAAACACGAAAGAUUCAACGUUAAAUCGUCAUAUUCAUUCAAUUUAUUUGAAAUCAAAAUUCACUUUUCAUACUAUUUUGGGAUGGUUUCAAUUGAGGAUUUCUUAUUAUUUCGUAGUUUAAAAUUUGUAGAAUGUUUCUACAAUUACAAUUUAUGUUAACUUCUUUGAAGUCUGUAUAAUGACGUGUACUUUUUGAAUUUUAAGGACAUGGUAUGUACGUAAAACAGAAACGACAAUUAAAAAAAAAUGUUACCAGAAAUGUAGUGUAAAAACAAAGUGAAAUGAGAUUUGAUGUAAUUAAUUCUAGGUUUGAUGAAGAUUUUGUGAUAAUUAAAAAAAAAUAGUAAAUGUAUAACGAUAUAAUUAGUUCAUUUACUUUAGGAAAUCUCAAAUGUUUACUGUUUAAAUAUAGCUUAAUUUAGAUAAGCAAGAAAAUGUGAUUAGGUUUGUAAAUAAUAAAUAUAUAAAUUAUUA